GCUGCUUGAGCAGCAAAUGCCUGGAGCUUGGCUCAUUGCCAUGCCACACAAAAUUGAAGAAAUUAAAGAAUUCCUGCUCACAGCCAGGAGGAAGGAUCCAAAAUCUGUUAAGAUCAAGAACCAAAAGACCAUGAAAUUCAAGGUGUUGCAGACCCCUGACUUAUACACUCUGCUCAUCACAGAUAAGGGGAAGGCUGAGAAAGUGAAGGCGUCCCAGCCACCUGGAUUGGCUGUGAAAGAACUGAAAUGAACCAAUCAUGCACAGAGCUUUUUUCAUGUAUUAUAAUAAAAAAAGAGGGAACUG